GAUUUAUUAUUAAGUUACAUUUUUAAAUCCUGAAAUUUUUUAUUUUUAGUAUACAUGAUUUUGUAAUUACAUCUAUUUGAAACAGGUAAUUCAAUUAUAGAACUCAAAGACAUUUACAAAGCUGACAAUGUUCUUGAAUUGAAUGUUUCAAAUAUGAAGCGUAUACUCAUUAUUUCAUUUUCAAAGAAUAUAUAUGUUUUAGUUUUUAAAUUCUAAAAUAUUCACAUUUUGAUUUACAUUAGAUUUUUAAGUUUUCAAUUUGAUAUUUUUUACACGUAUAUGUAUAAUUGAUUUGAAAAAAAAUAUAUAUAUAUGUAUGUAUGUAUGUAAUACAGAUAUUAAGAGAUAUUAGUGCUGUAUAUUUUUAAACUCGUAAAUAUGUCACGAGUUUCAUACAUGAUUAAAAAAUGAAUUCAUAAGGACUUUAGACUUUAGAAGGCUUAGAGUGUUUAAACAAUAGAGCUCAAAGAUGAUUUCACAAGUAUGCUGCAUUUUUGUCUAAGAAUUUAUGAUUGAUAUCACAAGGGACCUUCUAAUUAUUAUUAAAACACAAUUGAUGAGAAAAUUAUUUUAUUUUCAUUAAUUGUUUAUUGAUCUCUCCGUCGUCAUGGAGUCAAAAAUGAUCGAUCUAACGUAGAUUACGUUCACGUUGCUUAUCACUGUUAUUACUUUACCGGGCAACAAUAAUUUAAAUUGAUUGACCGUGUAACAAACAAAUUUAGCUAAUCAGGAUUAUGAAGGAAAAGGGAAAAAAACGUAAAGGUGGUAAAAAGAAGGUAAAAAAGAAAUGUGUGGAUGAAAGAGAGACCCUGUCUUAUGAACAGGAAAUUUUGGAUAACAAUAGGCAAUUGGCACGUCUGAGAACACGUAAUGAAGAAUUGGAAAAAGAGGCGGAGCAAGUGAAAGAAAAAUUUCGACAACUGGAAGAGGAUAGGUCAGAUGUAAUUGCUUAUUUGAAAAGAAACUUAGAGGAAAGAAUAGAAGAAUCAAAGGAACUUACUGAGCGAUUAGCAGCUUUGGAAGAAUUACGAAAAGAGGAACUAUCUGCUUACAAGAAGAAGGAAGAAGCAAUGGAGCUCGAAUAUCGCACCAUGGAGAACAAUCUCAGCGCUGAAGUUAAAUUAAUAACUGGUAAAUUGAAUGCAUUGGAAGAUUGGCGAAUAGCAAGGGUGGAACUGAUGCAGAAGUUUGAAACUCAAGAAAAGGAAAUUAUAAAACAGGAACAGAUAAACCAGGAAAAACUUUAUGAGGCGGAGAAAUCGUUGGUCAUUGGAAAAGCAAUGAUGAAGAGAGAAAUGGAGGAACGUUUAAAAGCACUAGCUGUAACUCUUCGCAAAGCAACUAAUUUGCGAGUAGCAGAGACCACGAACCGAGCAAUUAGAGAAAACAUAGCUUUGAAUCUAGAACUGGAUAGCCUGGUGAAAACAUGUAAGGAACUUGAAAUCACCAGUAGGGAAAGCAAGGAAAAAGAGCGUAUGCUCAAGUUACAGUCUGAAUUAUUCGAAACAGAGUCGAGAAUCACUUUAAAAACAGCAAUGAAACAAAGAGACACUAUUCACAAAUUGGCAAAUGAAUUCGAAUCGAUGUUGUUGUACUAUGGACAAGCAAAAAGAGACAAUGAUCAAAUUGCUACGUAUGAGUUAAUUAUUGAGCAGUUGAAACAAAAGUGUGAAAAAAUUGAGCAGAAAAUUCAGUUUCUGAAAAGGUGUGUGUUGAAGGCAAGAGAUGAUAAAGAGCAAUUGUUAUUACAAGUUGAUAAGAAGGAUAAAGAACUAGUAGGGCUUAAAAGCCUGCUGAAUCGUGUAAGAGGUUGCAUCAUGGAAGCUUUAGAGCUUGAAGGAGAUACUAGAGGUCAGGAUUAUUGUGCCUCACAGUUAAAACAGCAGUUUCUACAGUGCCUUUGGGAAAUACUGGAUACCAACAACAUUACCAAUGUUUUGGAACAUACUGUAUCACAGAUUGAAAAUAUUACAUGCCGUUAUGCGGAAGGUGACUUGGGCCUUAUUGAACGUCCGAAAAUUAGUAGAUGUAAAACUGAAGAAAAGAAAGAUACAGUCGAAGAUAGUGUACAAACAAAAUCUUCAGAUCAUUCGGUAGAAAAAGAACCAUCUUUGCCCGACAGCGAUAUUAGUUCAAGCAUUCAUUCUCCUGUAGAGUCAAUAUCUAAUUGAAGAAAAAGGUGAAACAGAAGGAAAAGAAAACAGAUGACAAGGACACACCGUACUUGGACUUAGAUAACAUUAUAGAUGUACAAGA